AUGCUUUCCCUAGUAUAUGGUGUGUUUCUCUUUAUCACGCUGUUCACCUACGCGAUGGCCGCGGUCUUUUGUCUCUGGCGUCUCUCCGUGGUGCGGAGGGCGCCACUUGAUGUGGACGGUGAGCAGAAGCCCCAUAGCAGAAGCAGUAGCAGUGGCAUGGACAGUCACGACGACGAGUGUGGGGCAAGCAGCGGCAGCAACAGCUGCGGUAGCAUGCUCGUCGACGCACCUCUCGCCUCGUGA